AUGGCUGCGGCUGAGUGUGGGUUCCAAGACCUCAUUAAACAGGCACGAGAAAGACGAGACCGUGCAGUGUUGCUCUCGCAGCCGACCAUGGUCCUGGGUGAGGAGGAAAAUGAUGUGAAUGAUCGACCAAGACCUGGUGCACAGAAGGUGAUCAAGGUUGUAAGGACAAUCAAGAAAAGGAAGACAGGUCACAAGGCAUCCACAACCACACCAGUUCACGGUGAUGAAUCCGAGCCGACAUCAAGCCAUGAGAGUCAACUCUCUGAUGCUGAGUCUGGUAAAUACUACUAUGAAGGCGGGUGGUCGCAGUGGCGAAAUGACAGUGAGAAUGAGGAGAAAUGGAAGGAGUGGGAUUGGCCACCAGCAGACUGGCGGCCAGAACCACACCACAAUGCCUUUGCAGAUCCUCAAAGUGAGUUUUACCGCUUCAAGACAUUCGACUGGGAUGACUACAACCGACGUGUCCAGGAGCAACUUUGGUCACCCAGGAGUGACCCAAGUGCUCGUGACUGUGCUGUUCCAUCGACACCAACUACUCUCCGGAGUGGCUCUGAUGUGAGUGCCAUCGCGCAUCAGCUGCAGCGCAUGAACACAGGUGAAAUCUUGGAGCUCUCACCGUCAUCAAUUCAUGCCAGCCUUGAGACAGCCAACAAACAAGCAGAGAUCGCCGACCGGGAGAGAAAGGCUCAAGAAAUGAUGACCUUGGCGAUGGGCAUGCUUGAACAAGCCAAGAACAUG